GAGCAAAAUAAUUAAACCACUGUGAAGCAGCAUGAAAGGACUUUCUCUGUUCUACCCUCCAACCGACCAUUGCCAUAACCAUUACCGUCCCCAUCAGCAUCACCGGCACUGACGAAACUCAACGUUACUUUCCGCACGAAAAUAAAAUAAACAUUUUGGAUUACCUUGACAUCAUCAAAACGAAAUUAUAGUUUGCCUUUGCGUCAAAAAAGAUCCUGCAGAAGAAAAUAAGCCCACAAGAUGGUCUUGAGUUGGCAAUAAUAAAACCCUUCUCGUCGUCGUCGUCGUCCGUACCGUAAUGAGACAAAAGGGAAGAGAUUUGUGGCGAUGAUGAUAAAGAAGAAGAUGACAUCCACAGCCUUAGCCAAUAUUCUCAAGAACACUUCAGAGUAAUUACAAGAAAUACAUUUAAGUUUCGGAGCCAAAGCAAGGCAACCCCAGGCAACCAGGACUCAAAUAUAUGAAAGAAGAAGACUGGGCCCUUGAGAAUUCUAAUGGUGUCCGCAUUAGGAGCAUUGUCCGUAACAGUUUUACGAUUAUGGCAAAACAUUUAGCCAUAUCCUUGGAUCUGAUCUUAAUUAUCAUUCACCAUCUUUUGACGAUAAGUUUCGCCAACACCACCUUCGUCGGUGGUGACCAAAGGUCUAACCUAACCAGAGUGAAGAGCCAACCACCAGAACUAGACACAAUCAACAAUAACGGUAGCCAAAGAAUAUCGGAGGUAGAGAAUCCAAAUUUCAAUCAAAGCUUAGUCGAUAAGCCUGCAUGUAAUCAAAGUGGCGAUAACAAUUCUGUCCGUCCGUGUGUGAAAGCGGGCAAACCCAAAGCACAAACUAGCCACCCACCUUUCUUGUACUUAGAACAACCAUCAACCAAAGGACACUCGUCCUCAUUUUCAUCCUCGUCCUCGUCCUUAUCUUCAUCCUCACCUGCGUCAUCUUCAUCGUCGUCAUCAUCAUCAUCGUUGUUUUUGCCAACUACAGUAAGCAAUCUUCAGUGGAAGUUCAACAGAGCAAAAAAGGUGAAAGCAAAGGAUACUCGUCGUGAGUUGUCUUUGAGGAUGCACGUUGCCCACGGUCAACCUCAGCAGCAACACCUCAUCAACCAGCAACACCAAUCGUUUCCAUUCAAAGUAAACCAGGUGUUCGAGAACGAACGCAAAUUUCGAAGUGGAAUCGCAAGCAAUGGCAAAAUCGUUUUGUUGGGAUUGUUUGAACUAUCGACAAGACACGGCCCCAGACCGGAUGGACUAAGUGAAUUGGGGGCGGCCAUGAUGGCUGUGCAGCAUAUAAAUCGAAAACGACUCUUGCCGGGUUAUACACUGGAGCUGGUGACGAAUGAUACUCAGUGUGAUCCUGGAGUGGGAGUGGAUCGAUUCUUCCAUGCGAUUUAUACACAACCCUCAACCCGAAUGGUAAUGCUCCUUGGUUCCGCCUGCUCCGAAGUAACCGAAAGUCUGGCAAAAGUUGUACCCUACUGGAACAUUGUACAGGUAUCUUUUGGGUCGACAUCGCCGGCUCUUAGCGAUCGUCAGGAGUUCCCAUAUUUCUAUCGCACUGUUGCUCCAGAUUCAUCUCAUAAUCCAGCGAGAAUUGCAUUUAUUCGUCGAUUUGGCUGGGACACGGUGACAACAUUCUCACAGAAUGAAGAGGUGCACUCGUUGGCCGUGAACGACCUGGUUACAGAACUCGAGGCAGCGAAUAUUUCGUGUGCAGCAACCAUCACGUUUGCGGAAACGGAUUUUCGAGAGCAAUUGCUUCUUCUGAGGGAACUGGAUACCAGAAUUAUCAUUGGAAGUUUUUCCCAAGAGCUAGCUCCUCGAAUUUUUUGUGAAGCACACAAACUUCGUAUGUUCGGCUCUGACUAUGUUUGGAUAUUACAUGAGGAGAGCAUGGGACCACCGUGGUGGGACAGGGUCCCACAAGCGUGUACAGUUCCAGAGCUACGAGCAGCUGUCGAGAAUCUGAUUAUUGUGUCCAGCCACAAUAGCAUUGUUGGCAACAACAGCAGUCUCAGUGGAUUGAACAACGCCAUGUUCAACAAUGAGCUUAUGACACAAUUUGAUAUAAGCAAUGUAGUGUCGAAAUAUGCUCCGCAAACCUACGAUGCCGUUUGGGCUAUAGCACUGGCGCUGAGAGGUGCCGAAGAGCAUUGGAAGCGAGAUGCAAUCCAAUCGAAACUGGAUCGGUUCGAUUAUACCCGCAGUGAUAUGGCUUGGGAGUUUUUACAGCAGAUGGGACGAUUGGACUUUCUUGGAGUUUCGGGUCCAGUUUCAUUCAGUGGUCCAGAUCGAAUCGGUACAACGGCCUUCUAUCAAAUUCAACGAGGCUUCCUCGAACAAGUAGCUUUGUUCUAUCCAGCCGAGGAUUUUCUAGAUUUCAAUUGCCCCAAGUGCUUUGCCAUCAAAUGGCACACUGGGCAGGUGCCAAUAGCCAAGCGAGUGUUCAAAGUUCGAGUGGCCACGGUUGCUCCAUUGGCCUUCUAUACAAUUGCCACCCUUUCGUCGGUGGGAAUAGCUCUUGCAAUAGCGUUUCUAGCCUUUAACCUACACUUUCGAAAAUUAAAGGCAAUCAAACUUUCAAGUCCGAAGCUGAGCAACAUUACCGCCGUCGGCUGUAUCCUUGUGUACACAGCCGUUAUACUCUUGGGAUUGGAUUACUCAACGCUGCCAUCGGCCGAGGACUCAUUCUCAACAGUUUGUACGGCACGGGUGUAUUUGCUGUCGGCAGGAUUCUCGCUAGCUUUCGGUUCGAUGUUUGCCAAAACUUAUCGAGUCCACAGGAUAUUCACGCGGACUAGCAGCGUGUUCAAAGACAAAAUGCUACAGGACACACAAUUGAUAUCGCUUGUUGGAGCAUUGCUAUUGCUUGAUGGAUUGGUCGUGACACUUUGGGUCUUCACGGAUCCCAUGGAGAGACAUUUGAAUAAUUUAACUUUGGAAAUCAGUAGCAGUGACAGGAGUGUUGUGUAUCUACCGCAGGUUGAAGUUUGUCGUUCCCAGCACACACAGAGCUGGUUGGGGGCUUUGUAUGCAUACAAGGGACUACUGCUUGUCGUUGGGGUGUACAUGGCCUGGGAGACGAGACAUGUGAAGAUACCCGCACUCAACGAUUCCCAGUACAUUGGGGUAUCUGUAUACAGUGUGGUUAUAACCAGUGGGAUUGUUGUUGUCCUAGCCAAUCUCAUCUCAGAGCGUGUCACACUGGCCUUCAUCACAAUCACAGCACUCAUCCUGACGUCAACAACGGCCACACUCUGUCUGCUGUUUAUACCCAAACUUCAUGACAUUUGGGCAAGAAAUGAUAUUAUUGACCCGGUUAUUCAUAGCAUGGGAUUGAAAAUGGAGUACAAUACAAGGAGAUUCGUUGUGGAUGACCGGCGGGAAUUGCAAUAUCGAGUGGAAGUUCAAAAUCGAGUUUACAAAAAGGAGAUUAUUGCCUUGGAUGCGGAGAUACGGAAGCUGGAAAAAAUGCUCGAGACCAGCACGUCAACUGCAACUUCAUCAAGCACGUCAAUUAUGGGACAACAUAAGCCCGAAGUAACAGUUAUUCCACCCACCACCAAACGCAAAUCUCGAACUCCCAGCAUAAGCGGCGUCAUACCCAAUUUACUACUCUCAGUCCUACCACCGGUUAUACCCCGAGCCAGUUGGCCAUCGGCCGAAUAUAUGCAAAUGACGAUGCGUCGUUCGGUAACAUUUGCUUCCCAGCCGCAACUCGAAGAUCGAACAAUCAAUGAAUCCUGUCUACCAGCUGCAGACCUCCUUAACCUUCGACUUGCCCAUCAACAAGCCACCGAGGCAAAGACUGGUUUCAUAAAUCGAAUACGAGGUAUAUUCUCGCGCACCACAUCAAGCAACAAAGGUUCUACCAUCAGUUUGGGCGAUCAAAAAGGACUAAAGGCCGCUCUGCGCAGCCACAUGGGAAUGUUCUCCCGUUUAAUACCAUCAUCGGAAACGGCAUCAUGCAACGCCCUCUACAGUACACCGUGCACUUUGAAGCCAAUCCAGAAGCAGUCAAUGGCCAAAAGUGGAACUGAUAUUGAUGUGACACCCAUCGACUUGCAUUUUCUGCACGACAAAGUGACCAUAGAACGGCCGUCCAGUUCGGUGGGAGAGAUUGGGAAGUACGUUAAAGUUCCUGAAACUAAAGUUAACUUCCAGUUACCGGCAAAUAGGCGGCCGUCAAUAGCCGCCAUCCAACCCUCUCUCCGGGAACGAGUCAGAGGAUCACCCAGAUUCCCCCAUCGAGUACUUCCCACCUGCAGUCUGAGUGCCCUGGAGGAAGGCGACGACCGGGGAAGUUCACCUAACAAAACACGAGCCAAUCUCAAUCAAGCCUCCACCACCGGCAAUUGGAAAUCAAUGGAAGUUGCCCCAAAAUCUACCAUAUCACUAGACGAUCCAGCCUCGGAUCAGAUAUUUGUCCUUCCCGACUCCUCAUCCUAACAUAAUGCGCUCCAAUCGCAAUCGCUAUCGCUACCGCGCCGCCGACGUAGUUAGAAUCUAAGCCCCUUUAACUAGAACAUAAGUUGAUCUCGUUUAUUUCCUAGCAUAGAGCAAUACUACAAUCAAUGAGACCAUUUCAAAAGCAGUAAGCAAUAUCCUUAAGUUAUAUACCAUAUAUUUGAAAUCCCUAAAACAAAAAGACUAUAUUUUCCAAUGAACAUUAAUUUAUAAGUGUGUAAAAGAGUGUAUGUUUGUGUAGAGAUGUAGAUUGAAAACCUUUUCAUAUCAUAGAUAAAAGCAAUAUGUCAUACAGAUUUUAAAGACAAAAUUGAUAAAUUGUACCUAAAUGUGAUGUAAUUUUUCCUUUUCUUUUUUUUGUAAAAGUCUAUUUUCUAAAAA